UGGAAGGACCGAACAGUUUAGCUCAGAUUGCGGCGCGCGCAGGUCAUUCGGAAGUACGAAGUAAAUAUACGCCGCGUGAAAUACAAGUGUUGACAUCCACCACCGUUUUUCGACGAGAUUACAUGCAAACUUUUGGCCGUUCGUGCCUACGCUGACAACAACAAUUAUACUUCCAAUUCUCGUGUAGCGAGUGUGUGCGCGAUCAGUGUCGUGUCUCGAGACCCGCCUUAGAUGGUCCGCCCGAGCAAAUUCCCGCCGAUGACAAUGGAAUCGCCGGACAUAAAAAACUCGCUCACGCCAAUUUCCCUUCACACCGGCGUCGCGAACCACGGAGCGCGCGCUCUUUGGAAGUACCAGUGCGGACGCUCGACCUCGACACCGCUCAACGGCUGCUCGAGCUCGAACUUUCAGGGCCGACAUCUGCGCUCGGGACUCGAGAGCAGCUUGCUCGACAACAGCUACCUGCAGCUCGACGAGUCGCCGAUUUUAUUCGCGCAUCCCAAGGUCAAGCUCGCGGCCGUGCUGACUUUCGGCAGAAAGUUGUCGCUUGAAAACGAUCGUCUUAGCACUACUGGAGUUGCAGCAACCUUCGGUAAAAUGGGAAUCAUGGAGAUGUCUGAAGAGUUUACAGCCGAAAGUAGUAGCUCUAGUUCUCACACUGAUGAAAUAAAAAAGCAAAUAAACAAAGUCAAGAAACGGAAAUCGACUUCUCCUAAGCAAAAAAGUCCCAAAAUUUACAAAACAACAAAAAAAGUUACUGACGCUGAUGGCGGACAUUCGAAGAAAAUCGGAAGCUCCGGUAAAUUGAAAAUGUCGGCCCAAAGUACAAAGAAACGCAUGAAAUCGCCUAAAAGUAAAAGCCCAACGGGAUUUAGAAUUGGACCCUUUAGAAAAGUCGUACCAUCGAGCAGUUCAUCGAAGAAAUUAAUCAGCAUUAAUAAGCAAACAACAAAUUCUGAGUCCUCGGACAAGUGCUUGAUGAAGAGGUCCCCUAUUCGCAAUGGCAGUCAGUGUCCUACACUAAAGCUAUCCAGAUGUCCCCGAUCUCCGAAGCUUCAAACGGCUGUAAGGGCGAUGAUCAAACAGCAAAAAGAGGAAAUACGAAAACAAAAGGAAAUAGAAAUGGAAGAGUAUAAAAAUAAGUUGUUAGAAGAACAAAGACGCAAAGAAGAGGAAGAGAUCUUGAAAAUGCGCCAGGAGACAGUUUUCAAAGCAAAACCUAUAAGAAAAUACGUGCCACUUCCUGUAGUUAAAAAGCGAGCUUUGACUGAUCCAAUUUCACCUAAUUUGUGCAAACGACGUCGUGUCGAAACAUCUUCACACAGCACGAAUUCCCAUCGAACGCAAUGAGGCUCUGACUAUAUCAAGAUUGUUAAUUUAUGACUGAUAAGCUAGCUCUUUUAAUAUAUAAUGUAAUGUAAGAUACACAUUUUAUAGAAAAAAAUGACGUAAGUGCGCUACAACCUAGCGUAUAAAUUUAAAAUAUUUAACGACAAUUAUUCAAGUUUUUGAUUAUUUUUGAGGUGUUUUUAAUUUUUUGAACAAUUUAGACUUCGAAAAAUGUUGAUUUAUGAGAAUUGCUUCGAAUGUCAGUAAAAUAAUUUGUGAUACAGUUCGUAUGGCGCAUUAGAGGUCAAGGCCUCCAAAUUUAUUUGUAAAUUUGAUGACUGGAUACGUGAAUAUUAGAAAUAAGCAAAUCUUUUAGUGUUUACUAAAUGAUAAAACCUUAUUUAAAGGAUGCAAUUCAAUUGAUAAUUUUUGAAAUUGCCUUAAGAAUGAUCUAUGAACACAGCAAUAUUUUAGUUUGUAGGAUUGUGAUAUUUUCUCGCAGGUUUCGAGUUCAUUUCAUAAAUAAAUUAUUACGAAACUUA